AUGAGUAGUAUUACAUCAGCAACAGCAUCAUCAACACAACGUAAACAACCAGUUGAUAAUGCUAAUAAUUUAAAAGCCGUAACAGUAGUUGCAACACGAGGUCGUGGAGCUGAAAUAUCUGAAGAAAUAUCUUAUACAGAUACAAAAGUUAUUGGUAAUGGUUCAUUUGGUGUUGUUUAUCAAGCUAAAAUUGUACAUACAAAUGAACAAGUAGCUAUAAAAAAAGUUUUACAAGAUAAAAGAUUUAAAAAUCGAGAACUUCAAAUUAUGAGACGUCUUGAUCAUCAAAAUAUUGUUCAAUUAAAAUAUUUUUUCUUUUCAUCGGGUGAUAAACUUAAAGAAGAAGUUUAUUUAAAUCUUGUACUUGAAUAUGUACCGGAGACAGUCUAUCGUGUCGCACGUCAUUAUACAAAACAAAAACAAACCAUUCCGCUUCUAUAUGUCAAAUUGUAUAUGUAUCAAUUAUUUCGUGCAUUGGCCUAUAUACAUUCAUUUGGUAUUUGUCAUCGAGACAUUAAACCUCAAAAUUUAUUACUUGAUCCGGAGACAUCCGUAUUAAAAUUAUGCGAUUUUGGCAGUGCUAAACAAUUAAUUAAAGGUGAACCAAAUGUUUCAUAUAUUUGUUCACGUUAUUAUCGUGCACCAGAAUUAAUCUUUGGUGCUAUUGAUUAUACAUGUUAUAUAGAUGUUUGGUCAUCUGGAUGUGUACUUGCUGAACUUUUACUUGGUCAACCAAUAUUUCCAGGUGAAAGUGGUGUUGAUCAAUUAGUUGAAAUAAUUAAAGUAUUAGGUACACCAAGUCGUGAACAAAUUCGACAAAUGAAUCCUAAUUAUCAAGAAUUUCGUUUUCCACAAAUAAAAGCACAUCCAUGGCAUAAAGUUUUUCGUAAUCGUACACCACCAAUGGCUAUUGAUCUUGUAUGUCGAUUACUUGAUUAUACACCAGCUACACGUUUAACACCGCUUGAAGCAUGUGCACAUGCAUUUUUUGAUGAAUUACGUGAUCCCGAUACACGAUUACCAAAUGGACCUCUACCUCCAUUGUUUAAUUUUAGUCAACAGGAAAUAAAUAUAAAUCCAACGCUCAAUUCACGUUUAAUUCCUGCACAUUUACAUGGUCAACAAACAGUUACAACAAGUGGUAAUGUUAUUUCAUCAACAAAUUCAACACCAAUAAAUGCUUCAGCAACUGGUGUUAAUACAACAGGAACAUCAAAUGUUAAUGAAAAAUCAAUAACACCAACAAAUCAUACGACUAAUACACCACCACCAUCAGUUUUACCAACAACAAAUAUGAAUGGACCUGAUGAAGAUAAUCUCGAUGAACAAACAACCAGUGGUGAUUCACUUAAUAAAGAUCGAUCUUAA